CGAGGUCAGAGGCUUAAGUCUAAGGCACUGAGCGUAUCAUGUUGAAGAUGAGCGGGUGGCAGCGACAGAGCCAAAAUCAGAGCUGGAACCUGAGGAGAGAGUGUUCAAGAAGGAAGUGUAUCUUCAUACAUCACCACACCUGAAAGCAGACUGAUCCAACUGCAGAGAUGGCAGCUGAGUCAUUGCCUUUCUCCUUCGGGACACUGUCCAGCUGGGAGCUGGAAGCCUGGUAUGAGGACCUGCAAGAGGUCCUGUCUUCAGACGAAAAUGGGGGUACCUAUGUCUCACCUCCUGGAAAUGAAGAGGAAGAAUCAAAAACCUUUACCACUCUUGACCCUGCUUCGCUGGCUUGGCUGACUGAGGAGGAGCCAGAACCAGCAGAGGUCACAAGCACCUCCCAGAGCCCUCGCUCUCCAGAUUCCAGUCAGAGCUCCCUGGCUCAGGAGGAAGAGGAGGAAGACCAAGGGAGAACCAGGAAACGGAAACAGAGUGGCCAUUCCCCAGCCCGGGCUGGAAAGCAGCGCAUGAAGGAGAAAGAACAGGAGAAUGAAAGGAAAGUGGCACAGCUAGCUGAAGAGAAUGAACGGCUCAAGCAGGAAAUCGAGCGCCUGACCAGGGAAGUAGAGGCGACUCGUCGAGCUCUGAUCGACCGAAUGGUGAAUCUGCACCAAGCAUGAACAAUUGGGAGCAUCAGUACUCCACUUGGGCCACACUACCCACCUUUCCCACAAGUGGCUACUGACCACCCUCUCACUAGUGCCAAUGAUGUGACCCUCAAUCCCACAUAUUCAGGGGGAAGGCUUGGAGUAGACAAAAGGAAAGGGUCUCAGCUUGUAUAUAGAGAUUGUACAUUUAUUUAUUACUGUCCAUAUCUAUUAAAGUGACUUUCUAUGA